AAAAAAUCUAUACAAAAUCAUCUCGCUUUCCCGGCCGGUAGCCACUUCGUUCCUGUUCUUACCAAAAACCCUUAGAAAAACCCUCGUUUCAGAAAGGCAGCUUCAGGCCUAGAAACAACCUUCAAGUCCUCCAAUGGCGGCGAAGAGCCAGCAGAACAGCAGACCCAAAAAGAGGAAGCAAAUUUCAGGCAACAAGGCCGCCUCUCAUGGCUCCGCUUCGAAGAAACCAAAGUUCGUCGAUAAUAAGCCCUCCAAGUCCCCCGGCCAGGGGAUUGUUGGCAAAUCUUUUAAAUCAUCCAAACAGAAAGAAAAUCAGCAUUUCAAAUCCAAGGUUGAAAAGUCAGAAGCUCGACAGGAGAAUCCGGUGCCAACUUCAAAGCGAGAACGUCGCAUACAAGCUAAGGAACUUGCAGAGGCUAGGAAGAAGAAAAGGAAACGGCAUUAUGAUUUGGAACAUGAGCUUGCACAUCUAUGGGAGAAAAUGAGGGUUCGGAAUAUUUCCAAAGAAGAUAGAUCCAAAUGGGUAAGUAAAGCAUUAGAAAAUAUGAAGGGGAAGAUCCCUGAAAUUGCAGGCUCCCAUGUAUCAUCUCGUGUUCUUCAGACUUGUGUUAAACACUGCACAGAUGCCGAGAGAGAAGCAGUGUUUGAGGAACUUAAGCCUCAUUUUCUCACUCUUGCCUGUAACACUUAUGCAGUUCAUCUGGUGAAGAAAAUGUUAGAUAAUGCCUCAAAAAAGCAGCUGGCAGGGUUUAUCUCAUCUCUACACGGACAUGUUGCCUCUCUUCUUCGUCACAUGGUUGGAUCUUUAGUUGUUGAACAUGCAUACCAUUUAGCAAAUGCGGCACAGAAACAAACACUUCUACUGGAACUUUAUUCAGUGGAACUUCAGCUAUUUAAGGAUCUGGUUUCGAUGAAAGAAAGCAGGUUAGUGGAUGUAAUUUCAAAAUUGGACAUUCAAAAAGCUUCAGUCUCGAGACACAUGACAUCAGUAAUUCAACCAAUUUUGGAAAAAGGGAUAGUUGACCACUCAAUCUUACAUAGGGUGCUGAUGGAAUACUUUACCAUUGCUGAUAAGUCAUCUGCCGCAGAUGUAAUCCAACAUUUGUCCAAUUCACUUCUUGUUAGAAUGAUUCACACUAAAGAUGGAUCAAGGAUUGGUAUACUUUGCGUAAAGCAUGGGAGUGCAAAGGAGAGAAAGAAAAUUGUCAAGGGAAUGAAAGGCCAUGUGAAGAAGAUAGCACAUGAGCAACACGCUAUUAUGGUGCUUGUGUGCAUUAUCUCAGUUGUUGAUGACACAAAGCUCAUUAAGAAGAUUAUCAUUAGUGAGCUUGAAAACGAUUUGAAGGAGCUUAUUUUGGACAAGAAUGGAAGGCGUCUAUUACUACAACUGCUACAUCCAAAUUGUUCCCGCUACUUCAGUCCCGACGACCUCGCUUCUUUAAAUUUAUCAAUACCUUCUCUUUGCAACAAGAGUGAGUCAGAGGUUGAAAAAGCUGAAGAGAAAGUGGAGAGUGACCUGGGCGAAGCAGUUGGUGAGGUUGAUGGAAGCAAAGUUUCUGGGGAGGGCCCUGAAGUUGUUGAGUGUGGUAAAAAGGAUCCUCUUGUCAGAAGGCAUGAGUUGUUGGUAGAUAGUGGGCUUGCUGAGAAGCUCGUAGAUAUAUGCAUCAAUGAUGCUGGGGAAAUAUUAAGGUCAAAUUUUGGCCGAGAAGUGAUGUACGAGGUUGCGACUGGGGGUGCUGAUGGCAUUCUUCAACCAAAAUUAGGUGAAAAGCUGAGUGCUUUGUAUGAAGCUAUAGCUUCACUAGCAGCAGAGCCUAAAUCUGAAGAAGCAGCCUUGGGAGAAGAGCAUGUCCUCGAAAAUUUCCACUCUAGUAGGACUAUAAGAAAGCUAAUCUUGGACUGCCCUCCCUUUGCCCUCACUUUGUGGAACAAAGCAAUUGAAGGGAAAUCCAAAAUUUGGGCCCAAGGUCACAGUGGUAAGAUAGUUCAAGCUUUCCUGGAAUCCUCGGACUCUGGUGUACGUGAGAUUGCAAGAGUAGAGCUGCAGUCCAUGAUAGACGAAGGUACACUCAAAAUCCCAGACAAUAAGCAGUCUGCCGACAAGAGCUAAAUAAAUGUCAAUUUUGGUCGAUGAAAACAGAGCUCAAAUCUCCACAAAACGUGCACAUCCCAGAGGUACUGUUAAACUACAUAUCUGUUUAAUUGCUGUCUCUGGACUCGGGUCUGACUUAUGAGGUAGAAAUGUACCAUAAAAGUAGACCCUAUUUCUCAGAAACCAUUUUAUGUUUUAAAGUUUUCAGCCAGCUUAAAUGUUGUCUUUUGCUUUGUUGUUCUAUGCAUUAUAUAAGUUAUAGAUUUUUGUCCAAUUCUUUGAAAAUUGUGCUCUUUCCAAUCCAUUGGAGAGAUUAGAUUAGGUAACAUACUCAGCAUAUCAGUCGUUGGCUUUUCGACCAUCGUUAGAUGUAGAUUUGAAAUUUGUAUGUUCCUCGAGAACCAUGAGAUAUAGUAAUGCGUUUUGUAGUUUCUCUCU